UAGGUCAAGGGUUUUUACUUGACAGUAAUUCUUCUUUCAUUAAUAUACAGUUGAAAAGUUCGAUUUUGCCAAUGGAGGCAAAGAAGUGGGCCAAAGUUGAGCGAAAACGAAAUUAUUUUCUGGCUUUCAAGAUGGAAAGAAAACAAAAGAAAAAAGUUGUGGCCAACUGACGGCUAAGCUAAUAGCUGCUAGCUUAAAGUUGUGACGCAGUUAAGAAAACGCCAUCGCCUACAUCCAAAUCUCUACAAAGUCGUGAGCUCCGGGAAGAAUUUCACCUUUCAGGAUGAUUCUCCGAAAGAUACCGAUGUCCACUGCUAGAGAUAAGAGAUUUUUCAACUGUUUUCAUCAGGAAAAGACUGUCUUGAACUACAUCGAUGAUUUUGUCAACUGUGAUAAACCAGUAAACACCAAACAAACGUCAGAACGGUUUGUCCAGCUGCGACAGAGUGCCGACGAUGCUCUGAGGGGUCAUCUCCUGCCAUCUGCCUCACUACACCAUGAGAGUGUCCGCAAGUUAUUACCACACUCCCUCUUAGAGGAUAUCUGGUUGCAAAGAAUGAAUGGACAGAAGCAGUGGACACGGGUGGCCGUGAUGGCACUCCUUGUGCUGACGGUGAUGGCAGCUGAAGGAGGAAAAGGAGAGAAACAAGGAAAGAAGGAACGUAAGUCGGACUGCGGGGAGUGGCAGUGGAGCGUGUGCGUAGCAAACGAAGGAGACUGCGGACUCGGCACCAGGGAGGGAACACGCACCGGCACCGACUGCAAGCAGACCAUCAAGACCCAGCGCUGUAAGAUCCCCUGCAACUGGAAGAAGAAGUUUGGAGGAGAAUGCAAGUACGACUUCCAGGCUUGGGGGGAGUGCGAUCUGGCAACGGGCAAGAAGAACAGGACGGGCGUGCUGAAGCGAGCGCUCAUGGAUGCGACCUGUGCCGCCACCGUCACAGCCACCAAGCCCUGUGGGAAAAUCCCCAAGACUAAGCUGCAAGAUGCGAAGAAGCAGAAGAAGGAAGGCAAGAAGCGAGAGCGCGCCCAAAUGGACUGAUGAGGAUGUUGGAGGAAGGGAGAAAAGGGUGGAAAAAGACGUCCGCUGCCCUGUAUCAACACGGUUCCUCUUUGUAUAUCCUGUAGGUCGACAGUAGGAGCCUGUAGAGCUUUGACGAAACACGUGGAAAUAAGACUUUAGUGUGUUUUACUUUCUCUUCUUUCUAGCGCCUGAUAAGAAAAACCUGUGAUAGGAGACAUAAUACAAAUAAUGAAUUUGGAAGACAUUUGUUUGAUAGUGUUCUUACCUAAUGAUGCUAUUUCUAGGAUUAUUUUCUAAAGAGCAAAUCGGAUAGGAUUUGUUUUACAGAUGCAUAGCCUAAUGCUAAUUUGGAGAACUCUUUGGUCCAUGCAGCGACUUAAUGAGGCAGUUUGCUAAAAGUGAAGCUCACUUAAUUAAUUUGAGAAACAAAAAAAUGGCGUACUUGCAAUUUUUUUUAAAGUAGCUCAAUUAAAUGGUAACACUUUCCCCCAAUUAUUCUGUGCGAUGGUAUUUUUGCUUUAACUCCUUGUAAGAAUACAAAUAAGCUAGAUCUGUGUGGAAAAGCUUCUGUACAAUUUUCCUCCUGCUGCUCUGUUGUACCUCAAUUUAUACGCACUGUAAAAAAUCAAGUCAUUGCUUUUGUAGUCUCCUAGUUGUAGUUAACAUCCUCUUUUUAUCCUGUUACAUUUCCAAAAAUAA